UCGUGAAAAUACGAAUUAAUAAGAUGACAAGCAUUCAACACCAUACAACUUAUUACAAAAAUGGCGCUUGCUGAAAUUUGCGGUUUAAAAUCGUUUGUUAAUUUUAAUACCUCUCGCGAAGAAGAUUAUUAUUUGCGAGAAAUUGAAGGAUAUAGUAAAAAUUUUACAAAUAAUGCGCAACUAGCAAUGCCACCAUAUAUAAAUCCAGCAGAAAAAUUGGCUCACUUUGCAGAGGCACCGGAUGAAGCAGGAAAACAUCUAAAGAUCAGAUUUGAUCAUGGUACUACCACACUGGGUUUUCAAUAUCAAGGUGGAAUUGUACUUGCUGUUGAUUCACGAGCAACAGGAGGCCAAUUUAUCGGUUCAUCCAGCAUGAAGAAAAUCGUUGAAAUCAAUGAUUAUCUUCUUGGAACAUUAGCUGGUGGUGCUGCAGAUUGUGUUUAUUGGGAUCGUGUUUUAGCAAAACAAUGUCGUACAUAUGAACUAAGAAAUAGAGAACGUAUUUCUAUUGCAGCAGCCAGCAAACUUUUAUCAAAUAUGAUAUAUAAUUACAAGGGAAUGGGAUUAAGUAUAGGUAUGAUGCUUGCUGGAUGGGACAAGAGAGGACCUAGUUUAUAUUAUGUUGAUUCAGAAGGUGCUCGUACACCAGGAAAAGUAUUCAGCGUAGGAUCAGGUUCAAUUUAUGCAUUUGGUACAUUAGAUUCUGGAUAUCGCUGGGAUCUAUCCGACGAAGAGGCUUAUGAACUUGGUAAAAGAUCGAUUUAUCAUGCCACUCAUAGAGAUGCUUACUCUGGUGGUAUUGUAAGAGUGUAUCACAUAAAGUCAACGGGAUGGGUACACAUUUCUGACGAAGAUUGUAAAGACCUUCACUAUAUGUAUCAAGAACGAAAAGAAAAGAAGCUUAAUUAAUAAUAUAUAUGGCUUAUUAUAUCUUGUCAAAUGUUUUCUCUAAUAAAAUUUUCCUUUAAAUAUAAAA